AAGACAACUUCCUGUUCCCAUGUCAAACCGUUUGUUCUCACAAAAUCGCUCAGAUCUGUUAAUUUAAACCAAUCAGUAAUUAAAAGGAAUGGUUUUAAAUAUAUUUUCAUAUUGGGUUUAUUGAAAAUAAGCAAUUAUUAAUUUAUAGUUUUUAUGAAUUCUUAAUUUAUUUUAAUAUUAGCUGUCAAAGAUUUAAUAUUUGGAUAUAUGAUAUAAAACAGAAAACAUGACUUCAUCAUCCAAUAAAUGCUCCAAUAUACAGGAAAUUGUGGCACACACCUCAAAAGUCACUUGUGUGACUUUGGGCCAAAAUUCUGGAAGAGUAAUGGCUACUGGGGGUCAGGAUAAAAAAGUAAAUUUAUGGACAACUGAUAAACCUAACUGCUUAAUGACCCUUUCUGGUCAUACUAGUGGAGUAGAAUGUGUUCAAUUUAACAAAAGUGAAGAAUUAAUAGCAGCAGGUUCGUCUUCAGGCUGUCUCAAAGUGUGGAAUUUGGAACAGUGCAAAAUCGUUAGAACUUUAAGCGGGCACAAGUCAAACGUGAAAACUAUUGACUUUCAUCCUUGGACGGAUCGUUAUAUUUUAUCUGGUAGUAACGAUACAAAUAUUAAAUUUUGGGAUAUAGAACGUAAAGCUUGUGUCUACUCGUAUCGUGGGCAUAGUGCGGGUAUCAAUUGUGUUCAGUUUAGUCCAGAUGGACGAUGGUUCUGUUCUGGUUCAGACGACUCAACAGUUAGGAUUUUUGAUAUUACUUCUGGAAAGCAGAUAUCGCAGUUGUCGGCCAAUGCUGCAGUUAAAGCAGUUGCAUUUCAUCCAAAUGAAUUCCUUCUAUGUUUUGCUACAGCCGAUCGAACUUUAACUUUUUGGGAUAUUGAUGUUUUUAAAUCAUUAGGUUCAUCUAAAUCAUCUGAUACUACAUCAGAUUAUAAAUGUGUGAAAUUUCAUUCUACGGAGAACUGUGUUUAUGCUGCAUGCAAUGAUUAUUUAAAGGUAUAUAGUUGGGAACCUAAUGAAUAUCUAGAUUCAGUGAAAACUGGAUGGGGCAAUUUAAGCGACUUGGCAUUUUGUAAAGAUUAUAUAGUGGGAGUUUCUCAUUCCGGCACAAAUGUUGCAACAUAUCAGGUUACUCAAAGUCUUCUUCGACCUAACGCUUCCAAUGACGAUAGAGAAAAUUUUGAAAAAGAAUUAAUUGAGAAGCAUAAGCCUUUUAAGCGAGAUGAUAAACCAACUAGGCCAAAGAAAUCUCAUCAAGGAACUCCUCCUGUCCAAAAACUCUAUACUCCGAAAAAACCCGACAAAGAAACGAAAGAAACAGAGAAUAAAUUUAAAGUGAAAGUCUUAAAAGAGGAUCCCACAAAAAAUAUUCUUAAGAUUGAACAUAAGGCGGAACCAAAUUCGAACAUUGAACCUAUUGAAGACAAAGACGUGAUGAAUGUGGAACCAAUGAUAAAUAUGAGUGACUUCAUGCCAAAAACAAAUAGUGAUGCUAAUGCUUCAAGAGCAGAAAUUCCCGCAUCACUGAUCAAAGGUCAUUCGUCAAUGAUAGAAGCUUUACAGGCUAGAGCAAAAAAUUUACAAAUCGUUAGAGUGCUUUGGUCUGCAGGAAAUAUAAGAACAUCUAUCGAAACAGCAAUAGGGAUGAAAGAUCCCUCAAUAAUUGUCGAUUUAUUAGAAAUUGUGUUAAAGAAAAAUUCUCUUUGGACUCUUGAUCUUGCCGUAAUUAUUCUACCAAGUCUUAUUGAAUUAUUGAAUAGUAAAUAUGAAAAUCAUGUCUUAGUUAGUCUUACAUCAGUGAGAACAAUACUUCAGUGCUUCGCCUCAGUUAUCAAAGCCAACAUAUCAACCCCGCCAAGUAGUAAUUCCGUAGAUAUUUCCAGGGAAGAACGUUUUCAAAGAUGCAAAGAAUGCAAUAGUCUAUUACUAAAAGUUCGUAGCAUUAUCGACUCACCAAAGCAGUCAAAAUACUUGACAAAAUCUGCCUCUAAAUUAAGAGAAGUUAAAUUUUUAUUUAAACAACUUGAUUAAAUAGGCCAAUACGAUGAAAUUAAUUUAUUUUUUUGUCUGGCUUUAAUUUCUCUCCGUGUUCAAUUUUAAAAUAUUUUCUCCCAAAAAGUUGAACGAAUAUGUUAUUAUUAAUAUUAUUAAAUAAGUAAAAUUUUUCUUACAAUAAUAGUAAUAGCAGUUUUGUCUUUAAUGAAACACUUAACGAAAUAAUGUUUGUUGUUGGAAAGAAAAACAUAGACAAAACUGUUAAGAAGAAAGUCAUUUUUAUCAAAAAGCAUUUGUUUUUAUCUAUGCAUGCGUUUUUUUAUGUUUUAAAUUAUAUGGAAAAAAAAAGAUAGAAACAAAAAAAGAAACUUUUAUAAAAACUACUAAAAGUGUACUAAAGCUGAAUUUUUUUCUAAUUUUUUUUCCUGGUGUUCAAGGUGAUAGUAUUUAAUUGCACC